AUGAUCAUCGACAUGCUCUACAACGACAGCCCAUCCAGCGCUAAUGAGCUUGCCCGCGCAAGUUCCUUUUACUAUCAUAUGACGCGGUACCGCCAAUAUCGAGAACUCUGUGUGACCAUCUCAGCAACUACCAAUGAAGUGGCUUUCCAAAAUCGACUGGCUGUGAUGGAGGAGGAAGGCCUGUUCCCUGCCAUCCGACGGUUGAAAGUCCGUAUCAGAGCAACAGACAAACAAAAAUGCACCACCAGCAUGAUCGAGUUCCUUGGCAAAAUGAUGACACUGAGGGACCUGGAAUGGCGUUACGCAACGAAAAUCAAGAUGGCCACCUGCGUCCCGCACCAGUUGAUUUCUCUGCUCCAGUCACGGCCCCAGGUGCGGCUUCAUGCUGGCGUUUCGCCCUCAUCAGUACGCCACCCUCGUUCCGAACAUGAUUUUGAGUACAACUUGUACCGCUUGGAAGAGCUCAAGAACCUCCGCUCAUUCCAGAUACGAUUUGCCUACCGCAAGCCGAAGACCUGUGAAUUGAUUCUUCCAUGUGUCAAGCGUGUGAUGAUGUCUUGUCCCAAUCUUCGAAAACUCAAGAUCGACAUACAGCAACGUUGGAGGGAUAACGACCGCCUGGCGCACUACUAUGCUGGGCUUGGAUUCGUGGACGGUGAACGACUGCCGGCAUUGGAAGAGCUACAUCUGGGUCACUAUGAAUUUGGCCAUGACGCGGAUGAAUGGCCCUUGUUAGGACGUUGCAUAGGAUAUCCAGGGAAUGGGGAUGAAAUGGCUUAUUGGGCAGAGACGUUUGACUGGUCAAUGCUGAGACGAGUGCACAUGGGCCGAGUGCAGUUCGCGGUAAAAAUAGCCCCGAAACUAAUUUCUCUUCAGGAGGUCUCAGUAGAUAAUGUCGCACAGGGGUGGCGUGUCUUCUUCCAAUCGCUUCCCGUGGCUCUCAGAAUCAUCAAAGUUCCAUCCUUUGAUAUUAUUGACCUGGAAACAUUGACGAAACACGGCCGGUGUCUCAAGAAAUUAGACCUGGCCCAUAGCUAUUACAAGUCCUCUCGUGCUUUAGAUGCUUCUAGCCUUCUAACGAUUCGAGAGGAAUGCCCUCGCAUCAGAGAUCUGGCCCUUGACCUCGACAGAGCUGGCGAAUGGCCAUAUGAAAUGCUGGACAUCUUAACAGGCUUUCCACAGCUCCAAAAUCUGACCAUUCGGCUUGAUUCGGGAACACCAGAGAGGAUGAUUCAACCAUAUGUGACGUACAGCGCAGUUUGUCAUCUGUUCAGCUAUUUCCGCUCGCAGCGGUCUUUAGCCAUGAAGCCGUUGAGACAACUCACUAUCAACACGGGUUCAUUCCAUUAUCAUCAGUGGGAUCGUAGCCUUCGGAAAUGGACACGUGAUCUUGCCAUUACCUUUUCAUGCCGAAUGUCUGGAGCAGGAGACGACGACAAUGGCAACGGGUCUUUGAACGUCAGAUGCCAACACCUAAGUGAAGAAGAAAAUCAACAGUUGGCUAGGUCAACCUCCGACUCGAAUCUCUCCAUAGACUCGAACAAAAAGUUAAGAGUAGUACAGCAGGGGCCCACUGCUUGCGAGUGGCAAUAA